AUGAUAAGGACCAUCAUCCAUCACAUCUUCUUUCUCUUGUGCCUCCUCGGAAUAGUAAGAGCAGAUACGGAAAUAAUCAACUUCUCACUACCCCUUCCUCCUCUUUCUUCGACUUCAACUCCAAUUCUCUCUACAACUUCGGAUCUCCUCGAAUUGACACCUUCUCAACCUACCCUUCUCAAUCUUACAGAUUCCUCUCCCAAUCAGUCGUUCAUACUUAAUUUCCAAGGGUUGGAACAAGAUUAUCAGAAAUGGACAAUCAGAAUCUCAUGGCCUGGAUCUUCACCCACCAAGAUCAAAAUUAUACCUCCCGACGAAUCAUUGCAAUUUUCGAUAAUCGGUUUAUCCCUAUCUCCAAGGAUGUAUCAUCCACUCUUAUCCCAUGAUCGCUCAUACAAAACCACAGAUCAAUUCCAUACACCAAUAUCAAUCACACUUGAACCUCUGAUACUUGGAGUUAUACCACGUACAGCUUUACCAACCAUAUAUACCAUCAUAUUAGCUCUUGUGAUAGCAGGAUGGAACAUACCUCGUAUGUUGAGGUUGAUCGAGGAUAUAAUCAAUAAAUUCAAUGACCAAUCUCAAGCUCAUCUCAAACGGAGUUGA